GAUCCCAUUAACCUCAUAAAUUUUACAUAUUUUGCAUAAAUUCUCAUUGCAAUAUUAAAGUUAUUUGAAUGAUUUUAAUCCAUUGUGAGUAGGAAAAUGAGUGAAAGUCCUGGAGAAAGUGAAAGUCAUCAGGAAGAGCUUGUAGAUCGCGAGAACUUGGUGUUUGCGGAGGCUUCUUCUCAUGGACACCUUGAAAAUGGGGCGCUAGCAGCAAUACCAGAAGAGACUCCUCAAGAAUCCAGCCGCAUUUGCGAUGCAGACAGUGAUGAUGAGGUUGGAAUCAUUAGGACGAAGAAAAGAGUUCAAAUUUUGAGCGAUAAUUCCGAUGACGACGAUUUCCCGGCGGCGAACAAUUCCCGGACAACUGAAUUGGCAGUGGACAGAGAAGACGAUCAGGCAGAUAAGGAGGCCUCUGAUGAAGCCUUGGAUGCAGUGAACACUAACACGGAAAGCGUUGGGAAAUACAACGGAUUGAGAUUUCUCUGUGACGAUGAUUCAAGUGAGGAAGAGCAAAUUGCAGAAGUUGAGAUUGCUGAUCCAAAGAAGGUAAAAGUUAAGAAGCCGAAAACAAGCAGACAAAAGGAUUUAAAAAAGAGUAAACCGGAAAUCGAAAGCGAAGGAUCUCACGACAGCGAAGAGGAAGACAAGAAGAAAGAGAAGAAUCGUAGGAAAAAGACUGAGAAACCCAAGAAAAUCUCUAAACGAGAGCGAGAAGAGGAAGAAGCUAAGAAAACUGAGAUUUACAGCAUGAUUCAGAAGAAUGCUCGCGAAGAAGUUAUUGAUGUGCCUUACAACAAACCUGAGCAAUAUGAACUGAAGGAGUUUCUCAGUCGCCUACAGGAGAGCAAAGUCACUCUUCCUAUCGAUAAGAAACUCGCCAAGAAGACCGGAAAAUUGAGAGCUCUGAAGAGUGAAAAGCCGAUAAUCGUACAAGAAGAUGAUGUGAAAGAGAACGAAUCGAAUAUAGAGAUUGUUGAAGAAUCUCCAAAGCAAAACAUGGAUGAAAUAGAUUUGCUGGUUGCUGGAACAUCCAAACAAACGGAAAAGAGAGUUGAGAGUAAAACGAAAGUUAAGGUUACUCUUCAGGGCGAUCCAAACUCCGUGAUUGACUUAGAUUCUGGCCUUGUGGCUCCAAAAGCGAAACCGAAGGGCGUCGCUUUAAUCGAGAAAUGCAUUUUGCAGAAUGUUAAGCCAUCUGCAGCCGUUGUCACAGACGCGCCCAAAGUAGAGCAUAUUCCUGGAGUGGCAUACAAGAUUCUCAUGGAGAGUCUUGGGCAAGAAUUGUUGCGGAAGAAGAAGCAGCAAAUGCAGAAGUAUAUUGAGGAUCAGGAGAAAGGAAAAAUGCAGCAAUUGGCAAAUGAAAUUGAUGAUGAAGCUGAAUUUGUGGAUAGCGGUGAAGAUGAUGACGAGAUGGAGGAAGACAAACUGAACGAUGUCGUAGAACAGGAAAGUAAAGACCAAGAGCUAGAGCAAGAAACUGAAGUGAAGGAAGAUUGCCAACUAGAAGGUGAUGAAAAUGAGAUCCCAAAGGACGGUGAAGUUUCGCAUGAGGAAGAAAAUGACGCUAGCGAUGAAGAUUCCGAUGCCGAAGAUCAAUUGACUGAGAAGAAUAAGAAGUUGAGGAAGAGAAUUGUCAAUGUCGAUGAUGAAGAUUCAGACGAUGAGAUUUUAGCACCGCCUGAGAAUAUUAAUCUAUUUCCUGGAUUUGAGCAAAACACUUGUGUGACUGAGAGUCAGGUGGAAAAAGAUGAAAUGGAGUUGUUUGAACUGUGCACAGGGAAAUUUGAGACGCAAGCUCCUGCUCAGGAAAUGGUGACUGGCCAGUUGGAAGGAAAUAUUUCUCAGGAAGACACCGAAGUUAUGAAAUAUGAUGAUGAAGUCCACGUGGAGCCCAAUUUUGAGUCGUCAGAUGAGGACAAUCCAGCUGCAGACACACAGGCUAAAAAGAAGAGUCGGAAAGCUCGAAUUUAUCUAACUGACGAGGAAGACAACGCUCCAACCACUCAGAAGGACGAAGAUUGCGCAUCUGAAGGUGAAGACAGUAUUUCAAACCCACCUGAAGGAUUGUCAGACCAGGAAGAAUGCCAGAAUGAUGCGCAGAAUGUUGAGUAUGAUUCGGAAGAAAAUGAGAUUGAUUCCAGUGCUUUGCCGCCUCCAAAACCCAAGAUGAAAGUUACAGAUUUUAUGGAACAGGAAGCUGAGUUGUCAGAAUCCGACUGGGGAAGUGCUGAUGAAGACGAAAAGGAUCUCGACAAGCUGGAUAUUGAGCUCGGCGAUGAAGAUCAAUUUGAUCAGAAUCAGUUGCAGUCGGAAUUGGAGCGGAUUCACAUGAAAAAGCUGCUGGAUCAAGAUGCUCGGGAGGUGAAAAUGGUGAAAAAUCUCGUGUUGCACGAGGAGGAACGCGAAGGAAUGACACGCGAGAGAACUUUCCGGUGGCUGCACGUGGAUAAUGAUGUCAACUUGCACGGAGAGAUUCGGCCGGGAAACCAGGAUGAUGAUCUGCGGGAAAGUGAUGAGGAGAACGAGGAACUGUGGCGGAAGAUCAGGCACGAAAGAGAUGUUGUGCUGAAGGAACAGCUUGGAAGCGAGCUUUCGAGCAUAUUUGAGACAAAAAAUGUCACCAUUCUUAAGCCCAGCAUCCCGGAAGAUCCGAUGGAGGUGAAGGCACCUACAUUCCUGGUUCCCGAACAGGACAAACUCAGCAGGAAGUCUCUUCUACUGCAAGAUGAGGAAUAUCUUGCACGAUUGGCGGGAAUGGCAUCCAAGACGACAGACGUCCUUAUAAAUGGAGCCACUGAGAAGGGAAGCUUCGUCUUCCGGCAAAUGGCAAAACAAGAUGGGGAUCAGGAAUCAACGGUGGGAAAACGCAAGUCGGAAAGUGUCCUCGCUCCGAUUAAGGGAAAGAAGCGCAAGAAGACUUCUAUCUACGGAUGAGAUCACUUCCUCUUCGAUGCCGCUACAAAUUCUCCCAG